GCUUAUAGAGGUACUUUAAUGAUGGCCACUUUAUCACCUUGCGAAUCAUGCCUUACAUUGGCAACACCAGUUCAGUAUAAUAGUCAAGUAUUCACCAAUUACCUUAAUACGAGACUUACCAAGACCCGAACAGUACAACAUUUGGAACUGAAUGAUGAAGAACUUGAAUUAAUUAUGAUCUAUAACCAUCAUGAUAUUAACGUCAAAUUAACAGCCGUGCAUAAUUUAAUAACCACCUAUUGUCAGAUCGACAUUGCCGAUCUAACAUUAAGUCACUUGUUCAUAUACUUCUAUGCUACCCAGUCAACUUUGGGAUUUUAUCCACAAGAAUUUCUUAUAAAUCAAAUCAACUUAAUUCAUCUAGGGAAGUCUUAUACUUUCGGGUUGAAUGCUAAUCAGCCAAAAUUGAAGGAAUUAAAUGUACAUACGUAUAACAAGUUUUUGAUUGUUAUUAAACCAGAUACUCAAGGAGGUUGUUAUAAAGAGUUUAAGAUUGAAAAGUAUUUAAAUCAAGAGAAAUUUGUGGAUCAAUCAACUGGUUCAGUUACCUUCGCUGAUUCUAUUGCUAGUAAGUUAAAACAAGUUGGCAGCAACCACAAAACAAUUUCAAAGUCGUCGCGACACCUGAAGAGAAUUAUCUUGAGGAGGAUUUUACACAAUUUACAUAGAGGAUAUAGUGAUGUAGCACAUAUGUAAUAUACAGAUAUCACAUU